AUGGCAGAAUUCAAUCAGACGUCUCUAAUUAACGAAACUGUGUCGGACUACUACGGACACCACGGCUUAAUUACGUCCUACGGGAGUACGUCCCUUCUGAACGGGUCUUUGGACGUCGUCGUCAAUGGUACGGCGGGUGCGGAGGUGGAACCAGCGGCGGGUGCGGCGGCGUACGCCAUACCCGUUUACUACUCCACGUUGUUCCGGUGGAUAGCAGCGUCUCUCGGCGCCAUCAUCUUCAUCGUGGGGGUCGCCGGGAACGUCCUCGUGGUCCUCGUAAUCUCCCAGACGAAAUUCAUGCACACGACGACCAACUGCUACCUCGUCAGUCUCGCCAUCGCCGACUGCAUCGUCCUCCUGUCGGCGACGCUUCCUUCCAUACCUGAACCCUUCUUCCAGAUCGACGAGUGGCCGUUUGGGCGGGUCAUGUGUUCCAUCCUGGUCUUCCUCCAGUACGUCGGCGUGAACGCGUCAUCCCUAUCCAUCACCGCGUUCACCGUCGAGAGAUACAUAGCCAUCUGUUUCCCGAUUCGAGCCCAGACCAUCUGCACGCUGAGUCGCGCCAAAAGGAUCAUCAUCGUCCUGUGGAUCUUCACCACGAUGUACUGCUGUCCCUGGCUCGGUCUCACAGAGAUCCGCGUGGACAGGCAAGUCUUGAAGAAUGUCCACAAGUGUGUGUUUCGCCUCAAAAGACAUUCGUAUCUGGUUUACUACAUGACGGAUUUGAUCAUAUUUUACGUCAUCCCCCUGAUUCUCGCAGCGGUUCUGUAUUGCCUGAUUGCACGGAUACUGUUCAUCAACAGCAGAAUCUCCCACAAGUUUAAGAACAACGCAAAUUCGAAACGUAUCCAUAAAUCGAGGAUUCAGGUAGUUCGCAUGCUCGCCGUCAUAGUGCUCGUGUUUGCCACUCUGUGGAUGCCCUAUAGAGUGAUGGUUGUGUACAACUCGUUCGCCUCGAACAAGUACGUCGACCUGUGGUUCCUGUUGUUCUCCAGAACCAUGGUUUACGCCAACAGCGCCAUCAACCCGAUACUCUACAACGUCAUGUCUGUCAAGUUCCGUCGUGCCUUUAGAAAUCACAUACUUUGUGAUGCCAAACCCAUGUAA